AUGUCUCCGAGGUUUAGAGGGCGCUCCAUUGACAUUCGAGGAACAAGACCGCAUGUCCGGAAACGCAGACGUCAACUGUUGGAUCACGCCGGACGCCCACAAUCCACGGAGGAGAAAAAGGUGAAACGGCCGGCAAACGGCGACAGGACCUUGACUUCAUCCCAGCAACCCAGCUAUCUCGGUCGUGCUGACUACAUCUCUGCCCAUGCUGAGAUUGACGAGGACGACGCAACCCACUACGAGAGUCCUGGCCCUCGCGCAGGGUCAUGGCACAACUUCGAGGUCAAGAUCCGGCGUAACUUGUCCGUGCUCGAACUGCCUCAAGGGACACUCCGACAGACUCUGUUGAGAAACUUUCUGCAGCGAUGUCGGCCAUGGAUGCCAUUGGUGAACGAUUCGGACCUCGAAAAGUUCGAUUCAAAGAACAAGGACACCCUGCUUGUGACGUCCAUGCUAGUGGCAGGAAGUAUCGUCUCGUCCACACCACAGGCGGCCGAACAAGGACAGAAGUGCUACCAGCGAGCAAAAGUGCUCUUCUAUACCAACGCCGAGCAAAAUCACCUCCACGCCCUCAUGGCCACGAUUCUCCUGCAGUGGCUGAAUCCGUCCGGGCCGGAGCACGUGUCCAUUGACAGCAGCAGCUUCUGGCUCAGGAUCAGCGUCGCCCUGGCACACCAGUUGGGCCUCCAUCGUGAGCCGGACCCGCGAAUGGCGGAUGCAAAGUUGAGGCGGAGGAUCUGGUGGACCUUGGUCUCCAGGGAUAAUCUCAUUGCGGCAAGCCAUGGACGUCCGAGGGCGGUCAAUGCAGAAGACUCAAACGUUCGACCCCUUCGCAUGGAUGACUUUGAUGCCGACGACGAGGACGCACUCCUGUUCAUGCAUUUUGUCCAGAUAACUUCCAUUCUAGGAGACAUGACCGAGGAAUACCGCCGUGGAACGCUGUCAGACCGCAAAAAGAUCGACUUUGAAGACACGCUUCGCCGAUGGCUGAAAGCCGUGCCACCCAGCUUGCGGCUUUACAACCCCGAGACGAAAAGACUGAAUGAGUACAACUUCAAAUCCCGGCAGCUCCAUACCAUCUACUUCACCUCACUAAUCAUUCUCUUCCGACAUGACAAGAGAGACCAGCCUCCAUCGCCCGUCUCUCUGCUCGCCGCGUCCUUCGUUUCCGGUAUCUUCGAGGAGUAUCUUACAUGGGAGGAUGUCUCGCAUCUCGCAGUGACUUCCAUAUUCUACCUGAUGGUUGCGGCACUCUUGCAACUGUCUUACCAGCGGUUCCCCUCCUUAGCCACACAUCGGACCGAAGAGAUCGAAAUCAUCAGGUCAUCAUUAAACGAGUUCAAAAAGAGAUUUCCUUCUGGUCUCGGCGCUGAGAGAGUGGUCAAUCAGAUGAUGAAGCACUCCACUACUCUCCCGGAGACAGCGCAGUCCGUCCGCAUAGCUCUCUCACCUGAUCAGGAAGAAUUCUUUGCACCCUUUGGCCCCGAGUUGUGCCGGAAAUGGCGGCUGGUGGUCGAGAGUCCGGCAGCGGCACCCUUGGAGGGGCUUGAAGAUUUUGCUGGUGUGACCCAGUCUGACAACGGGCCGGUCAAUACAGCGCAGACAAAUCAUCUGUUACAGGCAAGUACGGAUCAGGCGCAAGACGUCCAGGCCAUGAUUUCCACUGAGCCGGCAUGGGAUGGUGGCACUCCAUUCGCGUUCAGCCUCGACGAUCAAAAUCUGUUGUUGGAUCAACUCGGUCUCGACAGCGUCGGUCGCUGGUGGUGGGCGGAUUGGAUGCCUGAAGCAGACUUGGAUUUUCUCUCCAAAUCACUCUAA